AUGACACCACAAACAAACGGCCACCACGCCAACGGCGAUGGUUACCCCAAGGGAAUGGACCCAAACGGCCACACCGGGCACGCACCUGAUGGCAAGAAGAACGGUGACCUGUACCGCGAUUAUGUCGAUGACCGGAACGCCACAUCUGAAGAAGUCACCUACGCAACAUCAAAUGGCGUUCCUUACCCUCAUCCCUACGAAUCACAACGUGCCGGCGAGAACGGUCCCCUCCUACUCCAGGACUUCCAUCUAGUUGAUCUUCUUUCACACUUCGAUCGCGAGCGUAUCCCCGAACGAGUUGUACACGCCAAAGGAGCCGGCGCACAUGGCUAUUACACCACUACAGACUCGUUGGAAGAUCUGUGUUUAGCGGAUAUCUUCAAGCAGGGUAAGACUUGCCCGGUGACAGUUCGGUUUUCGACAGUCGGCGGCGAGUCUGGAUCGCACGACUGUGCCCGUGAUCCUCGCGGAUUCAGCGUGAAAUUCCGAUCGCAGGAGGGCAACUGGGAUGUUGUUGCGAAUAAUACUCCGGUGUUUUUCUUGCGAGACCCAGCCAAGUUCCCCCAUUUCAUCCACACCCAAAAGCGCCAUCCAUCGACCCAUUUGACACAUGCCGAUGACUCCACAAACUUCUGGCAUUACGCGUCGCAGAAUCCUGAGUCUGUUCAUCAGUUCAUGAUCCUCUUCGGCGACCGUGGCAUUCCAGAUGGGUACCGCAAGAUGCAUGGUUACAUUGGCCACACACAUAAACUGGUGAACAGCAAGGGAGAAUGGGUAUACAUGCAACUCCAUUUCAAGUCUAAGCAGGGCACUGGUUUCAUCACACAAGAGGAUUCUGCAAACUAUUCUCCAGACUACUCGACAAAGGACUUGUAUCAAGCAAUCGAGAAGGGCGACUACCCUGGCUGGGACGUUUGCGUCCAGACUAUGACGCCCAAGGAAGCUGAAGAGCUAUGGGAGAAGCAGAAGAUUAAUGUGUUUGACUUGACGCACAUUUGGCCUCAGGACCAGUUCAAGCUGCGCAAGGUCGGAGAAUUCUUCCUCAACGAGAACCCACAGAACUACUUCGCAGAGGUUGAGCAAGUCGCUUUCAACCCUGCACACUUGGUCCCUGGUAUUGAGCCAUCAGCCGACCCCGUCUUGCAGUCCCGUCUGUUUUCCUACCCUGACACCCACCGCCACCGCCUCGGUGCCAACUAUCAGCAGUUGCCCGUAAACGCACCGCGUGUACCAUACCGCUUCGGUAACUUCCAGCGUGAUGGUCAAAUGGCCUUCUACAACCAAGGAGCACGACCAAACUUCCUUUCUUCGAUUGAACCUAUCUCCUUCAGGAACCGGUCUGUUGAGUUGAAUAAGGUCCACAACAACUUCCAGGGCGAUGCCAUUGCCUUCUUGUCUGAGAUCCGGCCGGAAGAUUUCAACGCCCCUCGCAAAUUAUGGGAGAAGGUGUUUGAUGACGGCGCAAAGGAGCGCUUCAUCAGCAACAUCUCCGGGCACAUGGAGACUUGCACAGACGACGAGACCAUCAAGAGGGUCAUCUCCAUCUUCAGAGAGGUGUCGGAUGAUAUCGCUACACGCCUGGAGAAGGCCACGGGCAAGAAGGGCUACGAUGGUAUUUCCAACCUACAGUUUAAUGGUUCCCACAAUGGCAUGACCAAGGAUUCUACCAAGGCGGCAGCAAACGGAAAGGAAAAGAGGUUUCAUGAGAGGAACGGUGCUCCUCGAUCUGGGGGCAUCAAAGCUUAA